AUGGCGUCCGCCAGCGAGUCGUCGUCUUCGCUCUUCUCAUCGACGACGACGUGGAGCGUGGGUGACGGAGAGGACGACGGAGACGGCGCGACGUCGUCGUCCCGACCGGCGGGUCGUCGUCACUUGUCGUCCUUGUCUUCAUUGUCCUCCUCGACGUCGUCAGAGUCGGAAGCGUCGCAGAUGAACGGGGCCGCCGGAGGGCCGCUCUACGGGAUGUUGACGAUGCAGGAUCAUCUCCCGGCUCUCAGUCUUCAGAUUUCCUUCAGAGCUCAUGUCAUUCAAAUUAAACCACACUUCCUCAGAACAGGGCUAUCUAAGUACUACCAGGGGAGGUCCGAGUCCUUCACAUCGCUAGCCGAUGUCAUCUGCGUGGAGGACCUCGCAAAGAAGACCACCCCGUACAUCAGGAGGCCGAAGGCGUCCAGACGUCACGCUGCAACGCUGGGUGUGAAGAACAGGUUGUCAAAGACAAUAGCAAAGAAAGAGCCGAGGGGGAGGAAACUAGCUGCGUCUGAAUGCCAGGGCAAGUUGUACAGAUGCUAG